UGCUGGUUGAGUAUAAAAGGCGCCGCAGUAGCAGAGAGAGAGCAGAGCAGAAGGAACGGCAGGAUCACUGAGCUCUGGGACUGUCAGUCGAUUUGCUAUAGGAUUGAGGCCCAGAGACUGGCUGGACCUUUCCAUGACCCUGAUAUGCUUCUUCUUCAGUCAUUCCUUGGUUAUCUUGGCUCCCCCUACCCAUUUGAAGCCUCCUGGUUAAGGAGGGAAGGAGGUUCUCACUCAUUUGACAGAACGUGGCUCCGUCCAUCCUCGCACCAUCAAGGAACAACUAAGAGGCCCAUGCCAGAGGACCUCAGGGUCUGCGAGGAGAAGAUAUGGGAGAAGAUAUGGGAGGCGGCUCAUGUGGAAUUGGAAGCUCGUCACCACUGAGAAGGUCCUAGUCUGGCUCCCAGACAGUGGGUCUGGUAAUCCACCCGAGAUCUCCGGUUACGUCUGCAGAGCAAGAAACUCAGUCCUAGGGAAAUGGAAACCCUAAUAUCAAAUACGACCCAGAGUCUGACCACCGCGGCAGAGAUGCGGAUCACCACCCAGAUGUUGAUGCACCCCAAUGCAAACUGGGAGGAGCAUCUGGCUCCUGCUCCUCUCUCCAUCGCCAUCAUGGCGGAGCUGGUCUUCAUCUCAUCUAUCAUUGAUUUCUCCAUCAACAAGAAUCCCCCAAAAGAUGGAUUCAAGUUCAUAAAGUACCCAGACUCCUUUAGGGCUAGUCUCAUGCAAAUCAGUAACUCAGCCUGGCACGCAUUCAACUUAGCCCACAAGAACAUGGAUCAAAUCCGGAUUCAUACCUUCACUGUUCCAGAUUAUAUGAAAGCAGCAGUCAAGAUUCUGUUUCAAGGAAAUGAUGAAAUCCUUGAAACUCUCCUCCCAAACCAGCUGGAAAACAUCCGCAGCAUUGCAGACGAAUGUGUGGUGCUAGCAGAAAGCGUUGAAAAGAAGUAUGAAGAUGUUAUUAAUAUAAUCCAGGAGCUGCUGGAAGCCUGCAUCAAUGCUGAACACUUUCAUGGAGAAGAGCUGGAGAAGGUCAGGAUGAAACUUGAGGAGAAUAAGUUGAAGGAACAGACUGCAAAGGAGCUAAAUGAACGAUCCAAGAAAGCAAUGGAGGCCAUGUCAAAGGAGCUGGAAGAGACACAAGAACAGUACAAGAAGUCCAUGGAUUCCAUACCAACAGGGUGGGAGAUGAUUGGCAUGGAUUUUGUUGAAGGAUUGACAACCCCUUUGAAAAUAUUAAAUCUUGGUUUUUUUAAAAAUAAUAAAAGAGAGAAUUUUGGCUCAGACACAAUCACAGGACAUAAAGAUGAUGAAAGAGAUUUGACUUCAGAAAUAAAAAUUUUGAGCAGGUCAGGACCAAUUCUAAAACUCGCAUCAUCAUUCAGUCAGUUUAUAACUGAAGAAGGGAUAGACUGGAAAGAGAUCUAUGAUCAGAAGAACAAGUGUGCAAAGACUACAUGGACUCAAGAUCAAUUCAAAAGAAUUUAUCAUGAGUUGGAGGAUCUUCCAAGAAGUAAACUAAAGGAAACUGCUCUGUGUCUCUGCCAAAGAGGCAUUGACAUCUGUGAACAGUUGGCAAUAUAUGCACCAGAUCAGGAAUGUGAUCAGAAAACGACACGCAAGCUGAUUAAAGACACAAAGAAGCUGUAUGAAGAUGCUUUAAAGUUUGACUGUAAAAGCAAAAAAAUGUCUGGUUCUCCAGCUCUGAACCCCAAACCCCCAAUGAUGUUCAAAGCACAGGAGAACUCUGGAAGGCAGUCUGCCAGCCAGAGAGCAACAGAGAACGCUCGUUUCCGCAUCGAGCAAAGCCGAGAACAACUGAAGCAAACCCGAGACUCGUAUGAGAAAGCUGUACAGAACAUGGAGCAGAACCAAAGAGAACUGACUGAGAUCCUGAUUGAAAUGCAGAACUGCAAGAUCAAAGAGAUUGACUUUGACACCACCAUCAAAAUGCUGGUCAAAGGGAUGGAUGCCAUGGGUAGAGUGAAGGAGCAGUGGGAGAAGAUGGUGCGCUUCUUCCAGAUGGUUGCCACCAUUGUGAAAACCAGCCUUGGAACCACGCUGCACAAUUUUGUGAAGACAUCUGAAGACACAAAGAAACUGUCCUACAACUCUAAGCUCUUUGCCAAAGACAUGCUGUACAACCAGGCCUUUGAAGCCUCCAACAUCGCCAGUCUGGUCCACAUGAUCUCAGGGACCUACUGUGAAGUGUCCAACAAGUACCUGAUGGACAGAGUGAGCAGCUUGGGUAAGCUUAUGGCCAUGGACAAGGAGAAGCCAGAGUUCAUGCAAGAGAGAAUGAAGCUGCAGGAGUCCUGCCAAGAGGCUCAAGAUGGUAUCAUGCAGUUGGUCCUGAAGAACAAGAAAGAAUUUGAAAGGAAGACGGAUGCCAGGAUGGCCCAAAUUGAGGGAGAGUUUAAAGCCAUUCUGCCCCCUACUCCACCAAUGGAGACAGAAAGAAUCAAAGAAAUAGUUCAGACUGGGUUUGGAGAGGGAGAGUUUGGAGAAGGAGAAGAAAAUUAUUACUGAAACAAUGGAAUUUCAUAGACAAAGGAUUGCAGUCUGAAGUAAGGAUUUUAAUUUACCACCCACACAUUUUUCUGUACUUCAUCUUUGAAUAACUUAACUCUAUUUUAACACCACCUAAAGGGUGUGGAGUUUUCUUCAGUUCAGAAUCAAUUCAAAGUUUAAAUCAAUAGCUUUCAUGGAUCUGUGAGUGUUCUACCUGUUCUUCACAGUGUGUCUCACCCAUGGGCCAACCUUAGAUACAAGUAUUUUGGGAAACUAAAACGCUGGUCCUCCAAUUGUAUUGUCCAACAUAUCAACAUGAUAUCGAGAACCUCCGCUAACAGGAUUGCUACUCAUAUCCAAAGACUGUCUGUUGUAAAAAGUACAGAAAAAAUUGCUAAUUUUUGAUUGUAUGAUGUGGGAGAGGUUAGCACAGCUGGUCUGUCUCGUGGCGUGAUGGGUCUUCCUGUAAUUUCAGACGUUUGUGACUCAAAGACCAGCUGGCAGGAGCUAUUUGCUGUUCUUGUGUUUACUCAGGUGUGUGACAAAUAAGAAUUAGUUUUUAAUUUUGUUAGAAUAAAUGUAAAAUGUAUGAAAAAAAAGCUGUUCUGAGAGAUAAAUAAAAAAUUUGGAUACAUUCCAAAGAUUUCGUACCUUACAUUUACUGUAAAAAAAAAGACCAAUCUUUAUAUUGGUGAGUUUCACCAUCUGUCACUGAGUGACCAGAUGACACAGGCUGUAUUUUCCUGUAAAUGUUUCCACACAGGUUCAUUAAAGGCUCUCUAAAACAGCA